GCGACACUUUUUUCUGCCAGAUUCUUUCGUUUCGUACAAAAACGCGUCGAUUGAGCAUAUUUACAUCGAGAUUUGAGGUGAGGCCCUUAAACUAAAUAAUUACCCUAAUUAUGUCCCAGGAAGAGAAGGACCUGGACGUAAAUAAAGCCUUCGAGAAUUUAUUAUUUGCGGAAGAAAUUGCACAGAAGUCAGGCUACGAGAAAGGCUAUGUGACUGGCAGGGAGCAGCUGCUAAAGGGAUACCACCUUGGGUACCAUAGAGCUGGCAUAAUCGCCGCGCAAUUAGGAUACUAUAGUGGAGUAUUGGAACACUAUUUACAGACUAAUGACGCUAAAUGCGAGAAGGCGGUGGCGAUAGCCGGGAGGCUCUUGGAAGACAUUCGCCGCACUCUUCCCGAUCACCAGGACGACAAUCUGGACAUUCUGAAAGCUGUGGAAGAUAUUAAGUUCAAAUAUGCCAAAUUCUGUUCUCUAGCAAAAAUUAGUUCGGUUUAUCCGGAGACAGAUAGACUUGAAUUUUAAUGCGACGACGAUGGCGGAAUAUA